ACCACCACCGCGAUGACCGGCAACGGCAAAAACAAAAAGGUCUUGGGUAUACGAUUACCCGCUGUUGGUGGUGUUGGUUCUGGGUCCGGCUGCUGCGAGUGUCUGUCCGCGAGCUCCGAUUCGAAACCAUGUUCAUCACGUUGAAACGCCCCAGCGCCGAUGGGGAGACGGAAAUGGAGCAGGUUGCGUCGCGCGGUGCGAAUUCAAACCGGGACAAGAGCCGUAUGCGUCUAGGGCGACGGCCAGCGUGUUUAUCAUGUCAGACACGAAAGCUGCGAUGUAGCGGCCGCAUCGGGGACUGCGACAGAUGCAGAGCCAAUUCUAUCGCCUGUGUGUUUCCCUCCAGCCAGGCAAAGCAUGGCAGCCACAGGAACGACUGGUCCGUCUCCAGUACGGCGACUUCACGGACCAGUCGAAUCAGAGGGGCCUCAGCACUCCCCGCGUUGAAUACGGUGCAUGAGCCGCCCAAUCCCCCUAAGUCGUCGAGUCGGCAGGAGGGUGAAGACCCCGACGCAAGCCGGAUUCGAAAUACUGGACCGCAGGGGGAUUUCAUGUUUGACAUGGACUUUGACAAUGACAUGUCCCAUCUUCUGUUGGAUGUCGACGCGCUCAGCCGGGCGAAUCCCCAGAUCAAGGCGACCGAUAUAGUGAGCGCCUUCAACCUACGAAAUCAUGACGCGUACGAUUCCGGUGAUCUGCACCAUGGUGCGGUAUCCACCCCGGUUGAUCUACAUACAUUGUACCAGCAAGCCCAGAAACCUCCCACGCCGCCAUCCGUGUCGAUGCCGGGGCUAAGCGUGUCGGACGGCUUCUCAUUCGAUUCCCUAAUUGCCACCACUGAGCCCGCUGCGGAGCCUGCCAUCCGUGACCUGUUGAUGGACGAGCUCCCCAAUCUCAGUCCCCCUGCGCCGACGGCGGAGCCCAUGAUGGAUUCUGCGACGGAUUCCCCCACAGCUUGGGCCAAGAACGACGAGUGUCCCUGCAUGUCCAACGCCGUGCGCGUGGUCCAGCAACUGGACGACGACGACUUCCGCAUCACAACACUGCCUCUGAACCAGGUGCUGCAGCUCCAGAAAUGGAUCAUCGCCCAGUGCUGCAAGCCCCUGGACUGCGUGCGCUGCAAGUUCCUCCCCACCAUCCACACCGUCCUGGUAAUCAUCUGUGACCGCCUGACCGAAAUGUUCGAGUGCAUCCACAAGCGCCUCCAAAAGGACACCGAGCGCAUCUCCGGGCUCAGUGAUUCCAGCGGCCGGUCUUCGUCGGCCAGCUCCGACUCGCUACCCUCAAUCGAGCGCUCGGGAGAGCUGUAUUGCAUCUCCUCGCGAGGCCCGGCGAGCAAGGCUAACUGCAACCCCGAGCUAUUCUCGACCGACCUCCAGGCCAUGUACACCAGCGAGGAGCAGAUCCACGUCAUCCGCGUGCUUUUGAAACUGCAGAUCCGGAAUUUUAGGGCGCUGCUGAUGCGCGCUGGUAACGCCAGCCAGAUCACGGGCAGCGAGGCCCGCAAGGCCCGGAUCAAGUCGAUGAUCAUCCGGCUAGGCCGUGCCGCCUCGGAUAUCGAUAGUGCCUUACAGGCGAUAUUGCAAUUUUUCGCCGCUAAGAAUCCGGGGAUCGCUUGACAUUAUCCUUCCCGUUUAUGAGACUUAAUGAUGACCAUGUUUCCACGUUG